AAUGGAUGAUCAAGAAGACCCAUGGCCUGGAUUAGUGGCCUCCAUUGCACUUGGGAGGAACGCUGGUCCACCAUCUCCUCUAGUAGGAGAAUGGACGUCAAAAUUUGUGAUAGAGGGGGUACGCGUCCGCGCGGCCCCUGCCAAUGUCAAUUUGGUUCAUGUUUGAGAGUGUUGAUCAUGUUAUCGGUGAAGAGAACCUGAUCUUUAUCUAUAAUUUUAUUCAGAACAGGGCUAAAGCUAUGCGUGUCCUCUCAGGGUUUUCUUCUCAGAGGCUUAUGCUGAAGGCGAUAUUUGUUUACCACUUUAGAACGUUCCGGGCGGACCGAAUCGAACGGCCUGGAAAGUCGUGACGGGACUCAAAGUCCGGUGCGGAAAUGAUCGGGAGCUCUGUUUUUGGGUGCAUUCUGGGAGUUUCCAGCUGACGCCGGACGGCUUUCAGCGCCUAUAAAGGACGCUCGGCGUAUCCGCUGCUAACGGCAGCUGCUUGCAAGAGAGCAUUCGCCCUCGUUCGUAAAAUCUUCCGCCUUGAGUAGAACUUCUGUCGCGUAUUCUGCUAGCAUGGCGCCGUCGUACUCACCGGAGCCGGAGCCGCCGUUCCGGCCGAGGGAAAAGAUAGUGAAGAUGCAGAGGUACUUCCAGAGCGUGCACAGGCCGACGUACUUCAAGGGGCGCUACGACGUGAUCACCUCCGUCGCCAUCCCUCUCGCCCUGGCCGCCUCCAGCAUGUUCCUCGUCGGGCGCGGGAUCUACAACAUGUCCCACGGCAUCGGGAGGAAGGAGUGACCAUUUUGGGGUACCGAUUGAAGCCCUCUCUUCUGUGUCGUCUAACACCUAAGAGCCCAUGUACAGUUGUGUGUGUACGUACCUUUGUGAAGUGAAAGCAGUGUACUAAAGUGUUGGAUUCAGAUGGGAGUUGUCGCCUAUUUUGAACGAGCA